AUGACACCUCUUGAUGCGGAGGGUGUGGACGAGAAGGGACAAGACGAAGGGGACAGCCAAGCCGUGGAUGUGGAGGGAGAGGAAGAGGACACGCAGGCAGACGAAGACAUAGAGGGCGAGGGCGAGGAUGUGGGGACGCCGAGAGAUGACGACGAAGAGGAGGAAGAGGUACCCGUGCCUGUGGUGAGAGGACGAGGCCGCGGACGACCGCGCGGUAGCCGGGCGAGGGGUGCGGGACUUGGGCGACCUCGUGGGCGUGGACGAGGGCGGGGUAGGGGUAGAGGGCGGCCGUCGAGGCGACGAGACGAUGACGACGUGAUUGAGCUGGACGAGGACGGGACAAUUGCUGGUGGCAAACCCUUCCGCAGGAUUAAUGGCCAGGUGCAUGUCAUUGACGGCGACGAGUUCGUCACGUCGGACAAUCCGAAGGGAGACCAGAAGAUUGAUAAGAAUGGACGGCUGCUCGAAGGCCGACAAUUCAAAGCGCAGACCUUUACUCUCCCGAAUCGACACCCUGAGCGACAAUACAUGCUGGCUAUUGAUGCUGCGCGAAGCUCAGGGUUCCGUGACUCGCUGUACUAUUUUCGACGGAAUCCUCUGGCAUUGAAGCUUAAUGCUACGCAAUGGGAGAAGGAUCAUCUCAUUGAAGUUGGGAAGCUUGGUUCACAUUUGCGCACGCGCAGCGUCACCCUUAUUACGGCGCGGAGUGCAUACAAGCUCCACGGCUCCAAGAUGAUCUUUGACGGUCGCUGGGUCGUAGACGACUAUGACGAAGAGAAAGCUUUGAAAGAGAUCACCGAGAAAGGCUUCAAGCCAGGUGACCUCGUUGGGGACCUCCAAGAGACCUCGAAUGUCGCCACGGAGGCUGCCGCGCUGAAUGCGACCGCGUCACGCGAUGCUGGCAAGCCCGACCGGGGCGGUGGAUCGGGCAUCUAUCGCGCAGGCGGGCCGACGACAAUCUUUGGUGGGUCCGGCUGGGGCCCAUUCAGCGACGGUCCACUUAACGCGGUCCGCAAAUCGUUCUAUAACCGUGAAGGCCUCACUGAGGAGAACUGGAUGCAUGUCGCGGCAGUACGCGCGCAGGAGGCGAACGAGCAGUGGGCGCAGCUCCGCAAGGACUCGCUGGCGGCGUAUCGCAGCCUGUACGGCGAACUCGCGGAAGAGGAUGUCCCCCCGAGUCCGAAGCGGAACGCUGACGAGAUAGACAUUGACGACUCGGCAGAGGUCGAGCGGCAACAACAGCGACAGCCGAAGCGCAGGAAGGUAGGGGACUCUCGCUUGGCCUUGGGUGUGUAUGAGCCGCAGACGGGCUUGGUUCUCUACCGCACAGACACACAGCCCAGAGAGGCGCGCUGGGAAGCAGUCCCGGAUGGUGAAAAGUAUUCGCUCGGUGGCACCAAGGUUGGCGGCGGAGCAUGGAGCAUCGCACGCGUCGACACGGUGCUAGAGGUGCCAGACCCUGAAGACGAGGAGCGGAGGCGCGCCGAAGUGCUCCAGGGCAUCCUCGCAGAGGUUUCGUAG